UUCCUUGUUACAUUACUAUUUCUUUAUAGUUCUAGGAAAGAAUGAGACAAAACAAAAACAAAAAAAAGAACAACACUUGAGGUUGUUCUCUUAAUGAGGAGUCAAUACUCAAAUUCUGUAUAAAAGCCUUCCUAUUAUUUGUAAUCAGCAUAAUAACCAUAAUAGUGACUUGGACAAUUCAGUACAAAACAUCAGCUCACAGGAAAUGUGUCAUAGAUACAUCUAGUUUUGAAUAUUAUUAUUUUGAACUGAAAUGUAGUAGGACUUAAUACUGGACCAAUUGUCCAUAAUUUUAUUAUCUCAUUCCUCCAUUCAAAUGAAGAGCUAAAUAAGCCCAAAUCUACCAUUGGUGGGUUGACCUUUUAUCUCAUUCAUAGUGGUGUAAUUAGAGUUUUGCUUUGGAGGUGAUAUGAGAUGCCAAAAUCAAGAACUGGGGGAAGAACCAGUCAAACACACUGAAGAAUGAAAUCAUACACUUUUUAAAGGACAGUCUGCUUUACUUCAUAAAAUGGUGAGAAUAAAUAAGAGUACAACAAAUAGCUUCCUAUUGCUGGGAUUUUCCAGUUUUCCAGGUCUGGAGGGUUUGUUCUUUACUACUUUCUUUAUCAUCUAUUUUUUGAUCCUAAUUGGGAAUGCCUUCAUAAUUGUUAUAACAAUAGUUGAUCAGACACUCCAUAGUCCAAUGUAUUUCUUCCUGAGAAAUUUGUCCUGUCUUGAAAUUUGCUAUACUUCAAUCAUUAUACCUAAAAUGCUUGAAAAUAUUCUCUCAGAAGAUAAAACCAUAUCAUUUAUCAAUUGUGCUUUUCAAAUGAGUCUCUUUCUUAUCACAGGGGCAGCAGAAUGCUUUCUCCUGGCUGCUAUGGCUUAUGACCGCUAUGUUGCCAUUUGCCAACCCUUGCAUUAUUCACUCAUUAUGAACAGCAGAGUCUGCUCUGGGCUAGUGAGUGCUUCCUGGCUAGUUGGAAUUCCAGUACAACUUUCCCAGACUUUCCUUGUGUUUGCCUCUUAUUUCUGUAAUUCAAAUGAGAUCAAUCAUUUCUUCUGUGAUAUUCCUGCUUUGCUUAGCCUGGUUUGUGGUGAUACAACUAUAAAUGAGCAAGUAGCUCUGUUAGAAGUUAUUUUGCUUGCAUUGAUACCAUUUGCUAUGAUCUUGAUGUCUUAUAUUUGUAUUGCCAUUACUAUUCUGAAGAUACCAUCUGUUGAAGGAAGGCACAAGGCCUUUUCCACAUGUUCCUCACAUCUCACAGUAGUUCUGGGGUUCUAUGGUUCUGGAAUAAUUGUCUAUGUGACACCAAAGUCAAGACAUUCUUUAGAUACAGAUAAAUAUCUGUCACUAUUCUAUACUGUUCUGUCACCAUUGGUAAACCCUCUUAUUUACAGUUUGAGAAACAGGGAAGUCCAAAUUGCUUUAGGAAAAGUCCUUUACCUUUUUGUUCGUGUGUGAAACAAAUGCAUAAAAAAUAACUAAAAUUCUUUUCUUAAUAGUUCCUGAUAUAGAUAUUAACAAGUUAGCUGUCUUAGUGAUUUUAUUUAUGCUGCCAAUGAGUUGAAAGCUCUAUAUCCUUUAAGCCAUAGUUUUACCUUUUUAAAGUGUAAUAUCCUCCUUGUUAAUGCAAAAUGAUUUAUAUAUGAGAUGUUUCCGUCAUUAAAAAGAACUUAUAAUAUGAAAAUAUAAGACAUGAAAUUAGGGACUGAGAACAACAUUAGGCUUUGUUUUUCAAUUCUUGUGUUGCUUUGUGCCCUUGUGACCAUCAUUCUCUUUAUCAUCAGGUGAACAUGCAAAAGAAGAACCUACUGUUUUUAUUUCCAGCUUACCUUUUCACAGAGGUUAUUGGGUAUCUCAACAUUUAAAAAUGAAACAGUAAAGAAAUAUGAAAAGUAAUGGACCUAUUUUUCUGAGAAAUAGAUCAUACUACUUUCAUCAAAAUCAGAGACACAUACGUUGGUAGGGGUAAUUGAGUUACUGAAUCCAAAUAUUUAUUAAAUACAGAAAUGUCAGCUCAAUAUUCAUGACAUAUAACUAUUUCACUCCUCUGAGUGAAAGAGAGACAACCUUUUCUCUAGAAAAUGGAUUUCUAGGUUUUUGUAGAUUUUUCUAACAUUGUAUAUUUAUUACUUGGGAUGCUGAAUAAAAAUGAAGCAAUAUUUAUGCUAUAGCAAAUUACCUUAAACAAACUUUAACUAACAAUGUGAACAUUUUAAUAAUUUAUGUUAGAAUCUUUCACUAAAUUAUUUUUCAAUCAAUGUCUUAACUUCACUACUAAUUCACCAGUAUUUGUUUAUGUUCCUCUUGUUAUUACUACUAUUACCAGUAAUAUAGUAUAUAAAGUUGUACAGAGAAGGGAUUUCAGGCAGAUUUUAAUCAUAUUUUAAUUUGGAGAUAAAAAAAGACAAUAGUCACAGUUAGCACAUGUUUUAUGAUGUCAUAUUGUUUCUGAAAGUCUAUUUGAGUGUCAUAUUCUUGCAUUUCUAUUUAAUUUACACAUAAAAGGAAUAUUACCCAAACUAUUGUUAUAUAUAAUUUAUGGUAUUGUUUUACUGGUAUUUAUCUUAAAUUGUUUUACUUUUUUUGUUUGGAAUAAUUCAGUCAACUGCUGUUUUAUUAUAAUGUUUUGAGAACAAAUGUGCAUAUUUUCUCUCCGUAUGUCACACACAUUUCCAUCAUGAAUGUGGGAAUAAACUUCUGUUUCAAAAUUUGUUUGGCAAGGAAAACUUUUCAUUGAUAGUAAAUGCUUGACUAAGCAAUUUUCCUGUAAGCUUGAAAUAGUAUUAAUAUUUCCUUACAACAUCAUACACAUAAGACUAUUACUCCCAUGAAUAAACAUGCUUUGAAUUUAAAAAAUGACUGCCUUCUUAGCUAUUAAAACUUAUAGAGAUGCUUGUCUUCAAUUAAGUAAGA